AUGGAGAUGAAGAAUUUGGCCCGAGAUAAAGCACCAGUAUGGGAACGUAAUGUUGCCAAGUACGGCGGAAAUCUGGGAGCUUUUGCUUUUCAAGUCGACGCAGUUGAAUCAAUGAACUGGUUCCUUAAUCCCUCUCUUAAUGCUACCACCACCUUCAUGUGCACUGUGCACAAGGCGCGGAAGUUUGGGUGGAACCGUGUUGAUGAUUCUUACGAUGCCAGGAUCGGGACUUUGCAGUGUUACGAGAACGCUGGAGCCCUCCCCAACCAUCACCAGAUCCAUCCGCAAUUGAUCAGCACUACAUAUCCUCGUUGA